AUGAGAAGGAGAGUCGAUUUGGCUCAAGUUUUCAGAGAACAUGGAGAAUUUUCUGAAGCUUUUAUUCAAUUAGAACUUGUGGAACAGUCGGCUCAACAGAAGGCAGAGAGUGGUGAAUUUGAUCCAAAAGUUGAGUUGUUACAUGCCAAAUGUCUGUUUUUACUUUCAAUUGUUUUGAAACAAAAGAAUAGAUCAGAUGAUGCAACAGAAUAUUUGGAAUCUUCAAAGGAAAGAACUGAUUACUUGCUCAAAGUAAUUUCUCCAGCAAAUACUCACAAGGAUCAGUGUACUAAUUUUGUUUUCAAAUCGGCUCGUUUACUGCUCUCUGAAAUUUCCCUGUACAGCUCUGAGGAUUUAAUUUCACAACAACAAAAGAACUUUCAAGCCCUUCCAUUGGGUCAAAAACUCACCAUCAAUGAAGAAGCAAAUAUUGAAAAGAUUUUGAGUGAAUAUCUCAUACCUGGCUUGCAGAAUGUGAAAAUUGUGAGUGGCUCCCAGAAGGUUACAGUUUCCAAUUUGGAAGUUUUCAGAAAUUUGUGUUACUACUCUGCUGUUUGUAUGAUGAUGUUGAGGGAAAACAAACUUUCCAAACAGUUACUCUCUGUCGCAGAGAAUACCUCUCCACUCAAAUCAAAUGGAAAGAAUCACAAUAGAAGUGAUAGUGACAUUUAUCUGGAAGCCAAUGUGGAAAUUGAUAAGAAAAUUACUAAACUAGCCAUCGAUAUCAAAAUUGCAGAGGAAAAGAUGGAAAAGGAAAAGCAAGCAUCAACCUCUCAAAAGCACACCUCAAAGAAUCACAAAUUUAAGGAUGAUAGUGAUGAAAGCGACGAUGAUGCUUGGGAUGAUUUUGUGCCAACAGGAGCUCUCUCUGGCUUGGCUAAACUAAUUCUAGGAGAUAACAGUGAAGAGGAAGACGCAGAUGAAGAUCCAAUCAGUACUGACAUCUUCCCUUCCAAAUACAGACUUUUCAAGUCUAGAAUUUAUAAGGAGGAAGACGACAAGUUACCUCAAUGUAUUUUAACAGACUCGCUGGUGAAUCCAAUUGGAGUGUCUCCCAUGUCACCAGCUUGCAGUAAUACAUUUAGUAAUAGAGAGGAAUUUAAAAAGUGGAUACAACUCUUGAAUGCAAUUCCAACCAAUCCAAAUCCUUACACACAAAACAUUCCAGUAACAAUUUUCGGAUAUAGUCUUAAUGAUCGAUUGCAAAUGAAUGGUAAUCAAUUGUGCAGUCUCUACGAUAAGCUGAUACAGAGCGAGGCAUUUACCUCAAAAUGGAUCAAAGUGUAUUUUGAGCUGUGCACUCGGUUGUACAAUGUCAGCUCGAUGGAAAUGAUGAUUUCACAACAACAAACAGAAGUUUCUCAACAGGCUCUCUCACUCCAACAAAAAUGUGCACAAAUGCUGUUGAACUAUUUCAACUUGUUAAAGCAACACAAAACCAAGCAUUCUUCAAUGUCUUCAUCUAUUAUUUCUGCAUCCAUGUCUAAUAUAGAUUCGAAUCCAGAUAUCAUGAGCAAAUUGAAUGAUAUUUCAGACAAGUUGGUCGAAAAGAAAGCCUUCCUUUUCACAGUAAGUAUGGAAAUGUUUGCCAUUGCAGGUAGACUCUUCCAUCCAGAAGAAGAGGAAAUUGGAUUUAUUGUAGGUGUGUUGAAGGAAUGGUUUGGUUCUCAGAUAAUGUACAUUCAAUUGGCCAAACUUCAAGCAACCAUCCGAUUCCACAUGAGAUUAUUCCGAUAUGAUUGCAUGAUGCCAAUGAAGGAAGAAAUUAGAAAAGUCUACGAUGAAUUACUUAAUUUAUUCGAUAAUAUUGAAUCUGCUGAAUCAUUACCAACUGCCGAGAGUCCACAACCUAAUGCUGUCAACCACAGAUCAUCUGCAAGAAAUAAUCAAGCUUACAGUAUUGAAAAGCACUAUUCUCCAAAUCUUUCCACAGUUGCUGCCAAGGUCAUUAUUCUGUUCCACAGAUAUCACAACUUUUGGAUCACAUCUCUGAGAAGAGGUUCUGCAGAUGAUGAAUGGGCCUACAUGCCAGAGCUACCAAAGCACAAACUCUUAUCAGAUAAGGAAAGAUUUUCACUCCUCCUAAGAAAGUAUUAUCCAAAGAUUCCUCUCUGUCAUACGAAAGCAGAAGUUGCCUAUACUGUUGGAAGUUACUGGUUGAGACAACCUAAAUCUAAGGAUGAUAGACAAUUGGCAGAGUGUGUUCUCUUUGAAUGUAUAUAUCUGUAUUAUAAGUUGAGUCAGAGCGUUCAAUCUUUUGGUUUUUCAUUCAUGAUUACCAAUGAUGCUCUAAAGGCAUUGAAGAAAUUUUCAGAGGUUCUCUAUGCCAAUGACAAGUACGAGUACUCCUCCCUGUGCUAUGAAGUCUAUGUGAACAAUUACAAAUUGUUGAGAGGACGACACGAUUAUCAGUUCAUUGACGAUCUCACAUCCGUAACAACGAAACACAAUGACUACAAGCACUCUGUCAAGUAUUAUGAAAUUCUCUACGAAAAGGCAAAGGAAGAAAAGAAGAUUCCACAAAUUGCCAGACUAUCAACAAAAUUGGCCAAUCUUUAUAUGGAAAAGGGUGAAGUAUUGGAAGCAGAGAGAAUUAAAUUGGAAUCGAUUGACUAUGCCAAGAGAUAUGGUACAUUGAUGGACUAUAAGACGGAUCUUGAAAUUGAGCUGGGCACCUUACUGUUGCAGGGAGGUAAAUUUGAGAAGUGUAUUGCUGUACUUUAUAGUGUAGCACAAGAACAGGCCAACAAGAGACACAUUGUCUAUGAAAUUCUAUCGAGAGCCUACCUCAAGAAACGUUGGUUUGCCGAGUGUGAAGAUUCUCUCACAGAAAUAGCCAAUGUAUUGGUAAACUUUUAUAUUCAAUUGAACCAACAACAAGAAAUGAGAAUUUUGGAAACUGUGAGCAAGUACUACUUUAAACGUAGCAUGUUUGGAUAUGCACUCGAGUGUGUAAAUAUUGCCCUCUAUAGAUGUUCAGGAACAUUUGCUGUUCUUGCCAAUCUAUUCAAGCUUAAGGGAAAGAUUCUGAAAUCAAUUUGUCAGUACAGCACUCGUCUCUCCUUCCCAUGUUCUAUUAGUGAAUCUACGGAGGAAGAAUUACAUCAGCUUGUCACCCAAAUAGAACAAACUCCUUCCAAUAGAAAUAAUCUCUAUGAAGGUAUCAAUGAAAAUGAUUGUUCCUUUGUUUUCAGCAAGAGGCCAACUUACUACUGCGUUGCACAACUGUUACAGGAUUGCAUCGACUGUUUCACAAAAGCUGCUGGAUACUAUGAAGCUUGUUCAAAUCAAAUUGGAGAGGCCAAGGUUAAUUUGCUAAUUUCUGAAACUCUACUUGAUUAUUUGUUUGUUCCUGUUGCUCUUCUUGGAAAGGAUCCAGAGCCAUAUAUCAAGCUCAAAGAACAGAGUGAGGAAAAUAGAAAGAAGAAUGCUGAUCCUCAACACAGCCAAUUCAAACCUAUUACACCAUUGGACUAUCUCGAUUUGAAUCACAUAUUUGCAAACUAUAUUGAAGCUGCAUUGGAAACUUCAGUGGCUGCAUGUGAUGUCUUUUUGUGCAUGAAUUCGUAUAUCACUUCUGCCGAGUGUAAAUAUUUGCAAGGCAAAAUUUCAAGUGCCAAGAGUUUUUGGUGUGAAUGUAGAGAUGUUCUUUUCACUCUUUUCAUUGAUAGUGACUCACAUGUGAUAUUGUCAUCUGGUACUCCACUUGGUGUUAUUGAAAAGCUCAUGAUUAUUGUAAAGAGAAUGGUUCGUCUCUUGUUCUGCUUUGAACCUGAAUUUGUCAAUCAACAUUUAGGAAUUUUUGAUGUAUACUAUGUAAUUGAUAUUCAAUAUGAACAGGCAGCUAAAAGAUUGCCAACAUUUGAUGCUGAAAGUGAAUACGUCGAUAAGGAUCAGCAACAUCCAUUAUCCCUCGAGUAUUAUAACAAUUACUUCUACUCAAAUUUGGAUAAGAUUAUUGGAAAUAAUAAGCAAUUAUCAGAGGCAGAUAAGCAACUUCUCAUCAAGAACAAACUCUUUGAAAUUUUACAAAAGAGAGUGACUGCCACUUCUUCAACCUAUUUAACACCUUCACUACCUUCUUCCUUCUCUUCUUCAUCUCUGAGUACAUUGACUACACUUAGAAAGGGUACUCUAAAGAAGUCAGCCUCCAUUUCAUCCAGCUCAAGUAAUGAUAAAUCAAGCGAAGGAUCAUUGGGAAGUGCCACAAUUUCACAAUUCCUAGAUGUUCCAACAACAACACACAAGAAGAGCUCACCAUCAGAAUUUAUCAAACCAAACAUGACUCAACUCAAGCAAAAGAUUUUGGAAAGAGUUUUCGGAUGUAUCUUGACUAUGAAGCAAGACAGUAAAAAGUAUUCGAAUGAAAUUCACGACAGACUUAAGGCCAGAAAUCAAGAAUGUAUGAGAAGAUUGUACAAUUUAAUGAAUGCCAUCAGAGAGAGUGGAAUUUCUAUCUCCAAACACAAGAAGGGUAAGAAAGGUGCCUCUACCAUUAAUUUCUCAAAUGAAGCUCCUUUGAGUCCACUCUUUGCAAAAUCUCCACAUAUUGUCUCGCCAAAACAACGUGAAAGAUCCAUGUCUGUUGAUGCUGGAAACACUGGAGGUACUCUGAUGACAAUGGACUUGCUUCCAGGAGAUGUAGAAUUGAUGGAAAUGCUUAUCAGAACUGUAAAUCUCCAAAAGGGAACAAAAUUGAAAGGAACCAUUCAACAAACUAUGAAUAUUCACCUCAUCUUGGAAAGAAACAUUGCAAGGUAUACAUCCAUUUCACCAGAUAUUAAUUGCCUUGAGGAAAAUUUCAAACUCGUCCAAAAGAUGAAACUGUUGGACCAAUUGGUCUAUGUCUUUUAUAUUGACAGUGUUUUGAUUUUCUACAUUCCUAAAGAAGGUAGAAAGGUUGUCAUACCUUUUGGUGGAAGAGAUCACGCAAUAUUGGAUGAUAAAAUUAGAAAUGUUAUCGAUCUCAAUGAAAGCCCGGCUACUCCAAGACGAGGUCAAAACGAUUCUGUGGAAUUCCUCUCCAAUAAGGUAUCCAAUUGGAGUACAAAAGAUUUAGGAAAGGACUUGACUCUCAUUGACGAUUACUUACUCACUUUGAUAACCAGGAGUGCUCGAGAAAAGAAAACUAAAAAGUUUACUCACGAAGAUAUUGUCAAGGGAUUGAGCAAGGUUCUGAAUGCCCAAUCAGUAUUCUCAUACAAGCCAGACCUUGCUAAAUACGAAGAAUUCAAAAAGAGUAUUUCACUGCUGAACUUUUCCUUCAAACAAUUAUACACUCAAAAAACAGGAACAAUCUCAGGUACUUUAUCAUCAACAUUUGGUCGUAAAAAAUCUAUUGGCUCAAUACCAAAACUCGAUCAAUUACCAACCUUUGAUGAUCAUAUUAUUCUUCUCUGUAAUAGUUUCCUGAAUGUAAUACCUUGGGAGCUUCUGUUUGAAGUUAGCUUGACGAGAGUGAAUGCUAUUCAGUACUUUAUUGGAAGAAUCAAGAAGAAGAAAUCCAGUGAAGCCAAGAUUAGUAGAUUCAUUGCUUUCUACUCUGAAGAUGAAGCCAAAUUCAUUUUGCCUGCAGAACAAGAAAGAAAGGAAUGGAUUUUCGAAGAUAUUCAAUGUAAGCUCAACUUUAGAAGAUCAAAAACUGCUGGAAGAAUUCACAAAGAUUUACAAGAUAUUCCGUUCCACACACCAAUCAUUAAGAAUGGAAAGAAACCAACCAAGAGUAGCUACAAGAAAAAGUAUGAAUUUGUUUCAUUUAUUGAACUUUCCUCGAUUGUCAAUGCCCAAAACUCAAAUCUGAUACGUACCCUCCAAGAAAAGGUUGGCAAAGAUGAAUUCCCAGUCUUCCUUUUCACAUGGUCCGAUUUGGCAAACCUCUCCAAUAUUAUUCACUUCAUCUUUUUGUACAUUCCUGAUUGCUCUCUGUUAUUUGUUCCAGAAAUGGAUAUGAAGAAGUGUGUGAAAUAUCUCAUGAUGUUAUUGGAAACCUACUUGCCCCAAUUAUGCUCAUCAUCUCCAAAAACUCUCAGUGUUCCAAUGAUGAAUGGUGGUGACAGUACUACACCAUCAACACCAAAUGGUGAAUCAACCAAUUCAUCAUCCAUUCCACCAGAAAGAAGAAACCUUCACAAAUUCUUACUCUUUGCCACCAAACUUCUGAAGGAUGAAUUCGAAAUCCCAACAGCUCUCUUCUUCCCUCCAUCUCUCUAUACCAAACCAACUAAAAAGAAACCAAGUGCUUCUUCCUCCUUCUUUGAUGUUUCUCCGAGAAGGUAA